UGGUUUUGAGCAUGGUGGGUUCAGGCUCCAUCCUUGGAUAUACAGCACUUAUGCAGCUUUUCCAAAACCCAGAGAUGCACCCUUUGUUCUACCUGAGUCUGAUCGAUCUGCUGCUGGUGCUUUGUUGGUUGAUUGGAGAUCUGCUUUACGGGGACACUCUCGCUGCUCAGAACGUGAACUGCUACAAUCUCCAGGCGGUCGGACAGAUCCUGUGUAUCUGUUCUUUUUGCUACACUCUGAACUAUAUCUGGUGCCUGUUCAGUGAGCUGAGGACAAGGGUUCACACUAUGGAGAAUGGCACAUCUGACCUGAACAUGACCGAAUGGCGAGGCAGAGCGAAGAAGGUUCUUGUGAUCUUAUCCAGCUUGAUUCCUGUCUUGCUGAUGGUUCCGGUAUUUUCUAUUGGAAAUGGAUAUGGCUGUUAUGCCAACUACAGCAGCUUAUGCUUCCUGCUGCCCACUGGGCCGUUCAUACUUGAAAAGAGCUACGCUGUGGAUCACAAACCUGCAUGUUAUGCUGUCUACCUGUACAGCACCGUCACCUUCCUCAUCACUUCCUUCUUUAGCUUACUUGGACUUGUGAUUUUUCUAAUUAAAACCUGGUUCUUGUAUAAACCGGUGCAUAUGAUGGGAUAUCUUGGAGCUGAACAGUGGGCAAAGGUCGUUGUGAUUGAACGGAGUAUCGUCCUGUAUUCCACAGCUUUUAUCUUCUGUUGGGUCCCAGCGAGUAUUCUUGCCGUGGUCAAGCUGCUGAAACCAAUGAACAUGAGCCACGUUUACAUUGUACUCUACCUCCUCCAGGCACUCACAGCUCCAUCGCAGGGACUGCUGAACUGCAUUUUGUAUGGCUGGACACAGAGACUGUUCCUAUACAGGAAGCAGAGUGCCUACUGUGAUGCUCACACACAAACCCCACUCCUGCGUUUCCAGAAACGAUUAUACUGCAGUACCAAGAGUACCGAAGUGUUCUAAAGAAUCAGCUGAAAACCUCAAUGGUCUGAAGGUCUCAAGAAUGCACUAAUGGACAUUCCAUUUUUUAAAAUAGUUCUUUUCACAUUUCUUUCAAGACAUCCAAAAGUGCCUUACCAACCAAUGAAGCAUACAGAGUUCACAACUCCCACAACCCCUCCAUCCACCUCGGUGAUGGUAAAAACUCUAUUUCAUGUUUGACAGCAUGGAGGGGAUACAA